AUGGAGAUGCGCGCCGUCUCCAACCCCUCCGAGAAAAGGGUCGCUGUUGUUACCGGAGGGAACAAAGGAAUUGGGCUGGAGGUAUGCAGGCAGCUGGCCUCCAAGGGCGUCGCCGUCGUCCUGACGGCGAGAGACGAGACGAGGGGUAAUGAAGCGGCGCGCCGGCUGCACGCGUCCGGGCUAUCCGAUGUGGUGUAUCACAAGCUCGAUGUCAGUGAUCCAUCCAGCGCUGCCCGCCUGGCUGACUUUGUGAAGAACAAGUUCGGCAAGCUAGAUUUAUUGAUCAACAACGCAGGAGUUAUAGGUGCAACCGCAGAGAUUGACACCACGGCACCACUUCAGGAUGUUCUUGUAGGCAGGAAUGCAACGGAGAGGCUCCAGUGGUUACUAGAGCACUCCACGGAGACCUACGACGAAGCUGAAGAAUGCUUGAGAAUAAACUACUUCGGCACCAAGUACGUCACGGAAGCACUCCUCCCUCUCCUUCAGGCCUCCUCUGGCGGAAGACUUGUCAACGUGUCGUCAAACUACGGAUUACUCCGAUAUUUCAGCGGCGAGGACCUCAAGCAGGAGCUGAACAACAUCGAAAACCUGACGAUAGAGAGGCUAGAUGAGAUGUCAAGAUUGUUCCUGAAUGGCUACAAGAAUGGCCUACUGAAAUCUCAAGGAUGGCCUGCUGAUUCAGAGUACUUGGCCUACAAGGUGUCCAAGGCUCUGAUCAAUGGCUACACGAGGAUAAUGGCAAAGAAUUUCCCGGCGUUGCGCGCCAACUCCGUGCACCCUGGCUAUUGCAUGACUGACAUCAACUACGACACUGGAGAACUGACGGCGGAGGAAGGUGCCGGUAGCAUUGUCAUGGUGGCCCUCUUACCGGCAGGAGGACCAACAGGCGUGUUCUUCUACCGUAGUGAAGUUUCACCAUUCGUGUAACUCUUUGACUGCCAAAAUUGAAGACUCACUUUCGGCAGAGCCUGAUGGAAAUUAAAUCCAUCUUCUUUAGCUGCUUUAGGAUUCGGGUUCGCAAUUGUUGCAGAACAAGCUUUCAACAGAUUUAUUAUACAUUUGAACUCGUGAUUAGUGUACAUGAACCGAUGUGUAGCUCUCCAUGGCAAGCAUCUAUGUUUUGUUGAUGCAAUAAAGACCCUGUGAGGGACGUGGCAUUUCUGCACCCAGAUCCAGUGGGAUUGCUUGACACUUUAUCGCACCAGGCGAUAUAUAAGAAUUACCGGGAGCAACUUUUCAAGGGUUUACCCCUUGUCCUCCAAGGGCCACUUUGUUGCCAUGUGAGCGCCCCAUGUGGUGCGUUGAGCCGCCGCCACAUAUCGCGUGCUAUCGGCUCCUUCUAGAUUUUGUUUUUUAUUUUUCUAUAUGCGUUUUCAGGUUUUAGAUGGUUUUAGGCUUUUUGGUUUUUGCAUGGUAUUCCCUACAUUUUGCUGCAAUUAUUAUUAUUAUUAUUUUGAAUCUCAAACAUUUUUUAGGAAAAUAUUUUUUAUUUGUGCUUCCAAAAACAAUUGUGCUUCGUGGAAGCACAGAUUUUCUUACGCGGGAUCGACAUUUGUGCUUAACAAAAAAUGAAAAAUAAUAUGUGCUUCCAUGAAAAGCAUAAUUGGUUCUCGUGGAAAUACAAAUUUGAUUCCGUGAGUGCUUCUCAGAAAGGAAAAAAAAAUCUGUGCUUUCAAAAGAAGCAUAGUUUCGCUUCGUAAUAGAAGUACAGAAUUGCUUUCGUCAAAAGGGAAAGACAUUUUUUUCUUCUUACAAAGGGAAAAACCGCAACUGGGCUUCUGGGCUUUGGAAUUUAGAAUAAGAAGAGAGAAAAAAAUGGAAGAAACCCAUAAAAGAUAAAAGACACCGACAAAAGAAGAAAAACGCUACCGCUCACGUUGAGUUGGGCCAGCCCAUCCUCGCGGUCGCCAGUGCGAUUGCUUGACACUUUAUCGCACCAGGCGAUAUAUAGGAAUUAUCGGGAGCAACUUUUCAAGGGUUUACCCCUUGUCCUCCAAGAGGCACUUUGUUGCCAUGUGAGCCCCCAUGUGGUGCGUUGAGCCGCCGC